AUGGUGAGCAGAAGGCGACAGUGCUUGGAGAACACAUCGGAGGACGAUGAUGACAAGACGAUGAAGUGGGGUUGUCUGCAGAACUCGUUGUACUGGUGGGUGGCUUUGCGGGAGUGCUUCAUUGUGCGCGAAUUCGGAAGAAAGGCUAGUCCGAUUCGUUCCAAACCCACUCUGCCCAUCUUCGUGUCGACUGAUCUACUGCCGUUGAGGGGGCACCUUGCAGUCGCUUACUCUGGUAGCGAGGUCUCUCGUAUGCGGUUUCCCAGAGGAGAAUCAUUCAAGCAACUUCCUGGUGCUUCACAAUGCAAUUCGCUUUGGAGGAUGGCAGAGCAGUAUGGACUGAUGGCGCAUUGCAUGAAGGAAGAUCUACCAUGCUGCUUUGACUACAUUCAUGCGCGACGUGAGUGGUGGAACAAUUCUGCGGUGAUACCGAAGUCAACUGCGGAUGUUGUGGUAGCUACUGAGUAG